AUGCCCAGGUCCUACUGGGACUACGACAGCGUCAAUAUCAGUUGGGGUGUUCUCGAAAAUUACGAAGUGGUUCGUAAAAUAGGUCGAGGCAAAUAUUCCGAGGUAUUCGAAGGCAUCAAUGUGGUGAACUAUCAAAAGUGUGUUGUGAAGGUGCUCAAGCCAGUGAAGAAGAAGAAGAUCAAAAGAGAAAUCAAGAUCUUGCAAAACCUUGCAGGAGGGCCAAAUGUUAUUGCUCUCCUUGACGUUGUAAGGGACUCGCAGAGUAAAACUCCUUCUCUUAUCUUCGAACAUGUCAAUAAUACCGACUUCAGAAAUCUCUAUCCGAAAUUCACAGAUUUAGAUGUGAGGUUCUACAUCUUCGAGCUUCUCAAAGCCCUAGACUUCUGUCAUAGCAAAGGGAUCAUGCAUAGAGACGUCAAACCCCAUAAUGUUAUGAUUGAUCAUGAGAACAGAAAGCUUCGCCUCAUUGACUGGGGGCUAGCCGAGUUCUACCACCCGGGGACCGAAUACAAUGUUCGUGUUGCCUCACGCUACUUCAAAGGUCCGGAACUACUUGUCGAUUUCCAAGAAUACGACUACAGCUUAGAUAUGUGGAGCCUGGGGGCCAUGUUCGCCUCGAUGAUCUUUCGAAAGGAACCGUUUUUCCAUGGUCAGAGCAAUUCAGACCAGCUCGUCAAGAUCGCAAAAGUCCUUGGCACAGAUGACUUGUUCGACUAUCUUGACAAAUAUGAGAUUGAACUUGAUACACAAUAUGAUGAUAUAAUUGGCCGGUUCCCAAAGAAGCCCUGGCACAGUUUCAUCACUACCGAGAACCAGCGGUUCGUGAGCAAUGAGGCCAUCGACUUCCUCGAUAAGCUGCUUCGAUAUGACCAUCAGGAGCGUCUCACUGCCAAGGAAGCCCAAGCCCACGCCUACUUCAACCCCGUACGGGAUGAGGUAGUCUUCAAACAAAAUCUAGCUGCAAACGCCGCAGCGGCAGCGAGCGCCGCAGCCAACAAUUGA